AGAAGCUAAUUAUCACGGUGUGAAUAGGAGCCUUUCUUACUGAUUCUGCCGUCAGUUUUAUUCUGGUGUAUGGUGCAGACUCCCCUCCCUUCAUGUGGACGGGCUCACAGGCGCCAUGCUGGAGGAGGCCUGGCAGUGCCCGGCUCCUAUACAGUGAUGCACGCCCCGCUGGGCACAUUGAGACCACAUUUGCAUAUGAAUAAAAGUAAAUUUUCUGCACUUCGGAAAUACACAGAAUACUAAGACAGAACUCAUCCAGGAUAAUGAAAAUUCUGCUACUGAAAGACCCCAAAAGUGGUGACCCAGCCACAGACCCUUAUGUCCAGGAGCUGUCAUCACGUGGAUAUGAGGCCGGCCUGAUCCCGGUGUUAUCCUUUACAUUUGUGGCCCUGGAGCAUCUCUAUGACAAGCUGUCUCAUCCUGAAAAUUACGAGGGUCUCAUUUUCACCAGUCCGAGGGCAGUGGAAGCUGUCAAAUUAUGUUUGAAAAAUAAUAAAGAAGCUUGGGAACAUUCCCUGAAAGACAAGUGGAACAGAAAAUGCAUCUACGUGGUGGGGAAAGCUACUGCUGCCCUGGUGGAUGACCUCGGCCUUUCUUCUGAAGGGGAAGCGUCUGGUAAUGCGGAGAAGCUUGCUGACCUCAUAUGCUCAAAGCCAAUCUCUUACUCUGCCCCCAUCCUGUUUCCAUGUGGCUCCUUAAAAAGGGAAGUUCUACCGAAAAGACUUAAGGAAAAAAAUGUACCUCUGGAGAGCCUUACAGUUUAUCAGACGGCCCAGCAUCCCGAUAUACGAUCCUCCCUGACAGAUUAUUUCACCAAGGAAGGUGUCCCAGGAAGCAUCGUGUUUUUCAGCCCAUCGGGAGUGAAGUUUUGCCUCAGAUUUAUCCAGGAGCUAUCAAAUGAUAGAAUAAAGGAAAUUAAGUUUGCUUCAAUUGGUCCAACUACUUCUGAGGCAAUGGUGGCGGAAGGACUCGCUGUUAGCUGCACGGCGCAAAACCCCACGCCCCAGGACCUGGCGGAAGGACUACAGAGAAUUCACAGGCAAUAAAAUGCAUUCAGGACUGGCUGAUAAUCACAAAAUAUGAAUGUGGUGAUUUUUAUAUAUUUUUUCUCCCAUAUAAGAGAAAAAUAUCUGUUACCCCAAAAUCUAUUUAAAAUACCUCACAUCGUGUUAUAGGAUUUCUCCAAUUACACCCCAUUAAAAUAUUAUGUGACAAGUGGUAGUGGACAUAGGAGAUAAGGAAAGACUCCAGAAAUGUUAAGGCUUCCCCAAAAGUACAUUGCACCCACUAAUUGAGCCUCUCCGACCCCCUAACUUAUAAGUGGCGCAGAAAUGCUGAUGGUCUUCAUAGACGUAAAGUGUUUAAAAUGUGAAAAAAUAAAUAAACAAAAGAUCUUUAUUUA